AUGCAAAGCCCUGACCCUCUCCUUGACAUUGGCUACUACACCUCGCACUCGACUUGUGCCGCCGGCUCGACGACGCCCGACUUGACGCGUGCUGCCGCAGAGGCUGCCAUUGAGGCUGCCGCCGUCAACCCAACGUCCCCUUCGUCUCCGUCCCAUCAAUCGCCCCCGACGUGCAAGUUGGCCGAGACGAGUGCCAUCGCCAGAGAUGGAGUGAUUGCGGGCAAGUUUGCAUCAGCAGAAGCGGAAGAAGAGGUAGGCCCUGCCGACAGUUCGAUUGGGCAUGCACCUACUAGCAUGGCUCAACGCCGCUCCAGCUACCCCUUCUCUUCGGCCUCGGACCUGUCGAGCAGGGGCCAGCGCGAGUGGCAGAGCCCAGAGGGGAAAUACCCUGGCGACGAAGCCUUCACUGCUCACCAGACGGCAGCACCACCGGCAGCCGGCUUGUCGCCUCCAGGUGCGGCGUGGGGUGACACGGCUUCUACAGUUCUGGCUACUUCACAGCAGCAGCUCAAUGAAUACCGCGCCAGGCUGGCCCGGGACCUGGAGAUCCGCGAGCUUUCCAUAAAAGGUCUUCUCAUGACGCAGCCGGAAAAGCCUCGAGUUUCUCCCAUCUGGGAAGAAGGAACUGGCGCCUCUUGUUCCCCAAUGCUCACGGCUGCUCUCACCACCACCUCGACCGAGUCUGGCAACACGGUCCGCGGCGGCACGACCACGACAGCAGUCGCGCAAACGCCCUCGUAUCCUUUUCCCCGAAUGGCCGGAUUUCCUCCUCAUCAAAAGACGAAACCAGUCUCCCACGACCAGCCCGCUGUGAGUGCCUCGCCACGGCAACGAUUCCAAUCGCCGGUCCAACACCACGCCUCGCUGGACAAGGUCUUAUCACAGUCAUCUACGCCGGCGUCCAGCUUUACGUUUGAGCCGCCAGCACCCGCCUCUGAGAUUCCUCAUGGUUUCGAUUUCCCCUCCCCCAACCUCUACGAUUUGUCUCUAAUGCUGUCUGCUGAGCCGGGGCUAGAUGCGUGGUGGAAUACAGUCGUGCAGAUUAUGAGGGACAUUUACAAAGCCGAGCGAGUGACACUGGCCGUUCCUGCCGACACGACCGAUAUUGAAAAUGUUCCCUGGGGUCAAAAGGCCACGUACAACGAGCACCAAGAGGACGAGCUCAGCCUCGGCUACCUGGCAAGGGCAAAUAGUGCUUCUGACGGGGCAGUUGCCCUUGACGAUAAAACCGCGGACUCUCCCGCUACAACGCUCACGCUCCCCCGGCCCGGAUUGCGAAGCCGCCACUCGUUUACUGCCUUUGAGGAAAACAAACUCGAUUCGUCGAAUCAAAGUUCAACGACGCCGCCGAAAAGACCGGCCACUUUAUCGCGAAGCAAGACGCAGUAUCCAUCAUCACGGGUCGUGGCAGAGCUUCAUGAGGACUACACCAAGUUGAACAAGGACGCCCUAGAUGAGCAUGACGCCACGGCUGCGGCACGGCAGGCAAUUCCUAGCUGGGAAGCUCCAUUCAUGGCCCGCUACGAGGGCCAGGGUCAGAUUCUGCCCGUUCUGCAAGCCCUGGAUUAUGAAGCCGACCCUUUAAUCGACCAUGCCGGUGUUAUGCGAGUGCUUGAGCGCGGUCGGCCUGUAGCUCUGACUCGAACAUACCCCUACCUUCCCAGAAUCACGCCCGAGCCCAAGCCGGCCAGUGAACCAAGAUCAAGCUUCAAAGCGAGCAGUGCAGACCCCAAAAGACCAAAGAGGCCGCGUACCGAGUCUGCGUCAAAGUUGUCGACGAUUUUUGCAGGAACGACACAAGUCAGGAGCAACAGUCAUGCUGGCGAGAAGCUCAAGGCAACCACCAUGUCAUCAUCCCUGGAUGACCACGACCAUAGGCCACCUACUCCAAAGUACGAAGAGUACGAACAAGCGCCGCCGUCUCCGUGGUCACAAUCUCCAGCUCCAUCUCCCGCGGUUCGCGCCGACCCCAAGGAGAACCCCUUCUUCACAGACGCCAUGGUCGAUGAAGACUCUUUUAACCCUGGCUCACCUCCCACAAGUUACACGGGGAUGCGCCCGCCAGAAGCGAUUGGCGUCGACAAUUCGUGGACUGUCCUUCACAUACCCUUGACCCACGUUCUUCUCUCCAAGCCGACGAGGUCAUUCAAGCUUGAUACGACGGUGCUCGAACAAAAGACCCAUUUGCGAAGCAGGGACGAGCAACACGUGAACGCCGAAGCCGACCAAGCCUCCCCUAGACAAGCAAAGCGGAAUCGGUCAGCCCCCAUUGCCAUCGUCUCCAUCCUCAGCCCCGUUAUACCGUACCCUUCCAACCUGAGGAAUUCCCUAGAACACCUGGCGCCGCACAUGGCCACCUCUUUCUCUCUUUGUCGGCAUUAUAGCAACCUCGAAACUGAAUUGGCCGGCAUUCGACGACGACGGCCUUCAACAACUGGCUUUGGAGCCGUUGCGCCGUUCGGAAGCCACGUUGACGGUGGUGCGUUCGCCGCCCAAGGACAGGCUCUUGUUCAUCAAAACUGCCUCGGGGGUAGUAUCACCAGCCCGAGCGACUACUCGGCCCUCUCGAAGAGCACGACGGCCUCGCCAUUGGUUACCCCCGGGUGGGAACACGGCUCGCUCAAUCACCUCGUGGAUCGGCGGCAGCCUCUCGCGAGUCCUUCAUCAAGCUCUCAAGCCCUAGAGAGCUAUUUUGCAACCAAACAAAGACUAGUACUAAAGGAGGCAUCAACGUCGGCGACGCAACGACCGCGAACGGCCUCCAAGGACGGCUCUCCCGGUGAAAAGAGGAAUCUGUCACUUGUUAGUGUUAGAUUUGGAAACGAGACGGUCUCUAGCCUCGACCAGCAAGUGACGGAAAGAAGCGAUUUCGAUGCCCAAGUCUCCACGACGAAGCACCAAAAGGGGGAGGAGGCGGAGGCGGAGGCGGAGGAGACUGCCCUGAGCAGUAACGGGAAUGACGGCGGCGCUUCCGAAUCGACGAGCGACAGGGCCGAAGAUGGUGGCAGAGCUGUCCUCAACAACAUCAACCACCACCGUCACGCGACUCAUCAUGGCCACAGCGUGCUGCAUAGCUACGGUGCCGACUUUUCCUCCACCUUCCAAUCGCUUCCUCCGAGCUCCAGUCUGUCGGCCAGACUGCCCCCAGCCCCGUCCGCACCACCGCGCAGCGGCUCGAUGACGUCCAUGGUCGGGGACAUGCCGCCGCCAUCCGACAGGUUAAAGGGUCUCAUAUUAGACUCGCUGCCUGCCCAUGUCUUUGUGUCGUUGCCCCAAACCGGGGAGACUGUGUGGGUGAAUAGCCGCUUCCUGUCAUAUCGUGGGCAGACGGUGGCAGAUUUGUCGGCUGAUCCGUGGGGGAGCAUCCAUCCCGAAGACCGAGAGGGCUAUCUCAAGGCCUGGGGCCACUCACUUCGGACGGGCGAGCAGUUCUCGAGAUCCGUCCGCAUCAAGAGAUUUGAUGGUGCAUAUCGCUGGUUCUAUGCCCGUGCUGUUGCGUCAAAGGACAAGAGAGGAGUCAUCAUGCAAUUCCUGGGCUCGUACAUGGACAUUCACGACCAGCACAUUGCUGAAUUAAAGGCGGCUCGACAAGAAGAAAUUGAGGCAUCCGAGGCGAAACACCGGCUGCUCGCAAACCUCAUCCCGCAAAUCAUCUUUACUGCCACCGAGGAUGACGCCAUCACUUUUGCCAAUGAUCAGUGGCUUUCCUACACUGGGCAGAGGUUCGAGGACUCACUCGGUCUUGGAUUCAUGAACCAUGUGCACCCUGACGAUCUCGCCCGGUGCCGCAUUCCAAUCGAGCGCGGAGGCAAGCCCUCGAAUGACGCACAAUCCUCCCCGGAGGAAAAGGGCCACAGCGGAGCGUCGUCGUCAGGCACCCAGACCACGCCAUCGGCGCGUAAUGUGCAGCAGCCGGCUGUUGGAAAGCUGGGGCCACGGAACACGCAGCCUGCGCUGUCAAGAGCGAGCAGUUCCGGCUCCGAGUCCGUCUACUCCCUCCCGUCCGCCGAGCUGACAGAGCUAGCACGAAAGGGCAUAAUCAAAGUGACGACAGACACAAGCGGCCGGUUGUCAUACACCACCGAGGUCCGGCUUCGAUCCAAGACGGGCGAGUACCGAUGGCACCUCAUUCGUUGCGUCGAAAUCGAUACGCUUGAUUUCGGACGGGGAGCCAGCUCGUACUUUGGCUCUGCUACCGACAUCAACGACCAUAAGCUCCUCGAGGCCAAACUCAAGGAAGCCAUGGAAUCCAAAGGCCGGUUUUUGAGCAACAUGUCCCACGAGAUUCGAACACCACUCAUCGGCAUCUCGGGCAUGGUAAGCUUUCUGCAGGACACGACGCUCAACGAGGAGCAGAGAGACUACACCAACACAAUCCAGACCAGCGCCAACAGCUUGAUUAUGAUUAUCAAUGACAUUUUGGACCUGUCCAAGGUGGAUGCCGGCAUGAUGAAACUAAAGCACGAGUGGUUUCACACGCGGUCUCUGAUUGAAGAUGUGAAUGAACUCGUAUCAACCAUGGCCAUUGCGAAGCGCCUCGAGCUGAACUACCUGGUGGAAGCAGAUGUGCCCGCAUGGGUAAAGGGCGACAAGGUUCGGAUCCGCCAAGUCUUGCUCAACGUGAUUGGAAACGCAAUCAAGUUCACGGCCGAAGGCGAAGUGUUUAGUCGAUGCAGAGUGUACACCGAAGAGGACCCGGCAGCAGCCUGCAACGACCAUGAAAUCAUGCUUCAGUUUGCCAUUACUGAUACCGGCAGGGGCUUCACAAAGGAGGAGGCUGAGCUCAUCUUCAAGCCUUUCAGUCAAAUAGACGGAAGCAGCACUAGGCAACACGGGGGAAGCGGCCUGGGACUGGUAAUUUCUCGACAGCUCGUCGAGCUCCAUGGCGGCAAGAUGGAGGGCACAGCCAUACCCGGCAAAGGGUCGACGUUUACAUUCACUGCUCGGUUCACCUUGCCGUCAUCCCAAGACCAUCCCAACAUUCCCAUCAGUCCAGGAUCAACCGCCUCGGCCGGAUCAAGACAAGAAUCAUCCGAAAAUGCGAACCGGUCAAGCAAAGGGCUCCCCCCCCCGACGGAGCAGUUGCGGGACAGUGGGAGCCCAGAGGACGGGGCGAGCGCCAAGGAGACAUCAAUGGCGGAUGCAGCGUCUAGCGCUGUGUCUGCAAGCACGAGCGGUGUCCCGGAACCUGGGAGCGACAGCCCCCCGGGAUAUCUCAGAAGGUUGCCCUCGGGCGCAUCUGGCCGUUCCGGUCUGACUCGGUUUAGCGAGGCAGCCAAGGCCAGCGGACAGGACCUGUCUCAGAUCAAGCUGGAAAUGCCCGCGGACAGAGGGUCGCCGUCGAGACGGACAGCGUCAGAGCCCGGCAGCCCUCGGCUGAUGAGUGACUUGCGCCCACCUCUGUACUCGAUCUUGAUCAUCUGCGCGCAGCACCAUAGUCGCGAAGCAACGGCGCAGCACAUUGAAAUGACGCUACCAAAGGACGUUCCUCAUCGGAUCACGGCCAUCGCCUCGGUCGAAGACGCGGAGCCCUUUCUCGGCGGCGAGGAUUCUAUCCGGUUCACUCACAUUGUUCUCAAUUUGGCUUCAGCUGAGGCCAUCAUCGAUGUCAUGGACCAAAUAACAAAGUCGCAGAAAAUCGAGGGAACCACCAUUGUGAUCCUCUGCGACUCUGUGCAACGACAAGCCCUUCAGAAACUGGCUGCCGACACGAAACACGAGCGUUUUCUGUCGGAAAAUCUCGUCACCUUUAUAUACAAGCCGGUCAAGCCGUCGAGAUUCGCAGUCAUUUUUGAUCCGGAAAAGGUGCGAGAUCUCAGCACCGACAGAAACCGAUCUACGGCGCAGCAAAUGGUGGAGAACCAAAAGGCCAGCUACCAAGAGAUUGAGAAGCGCAUGGGCAACAAGGGGUACAGAGUGCUGCUCGUGGAGGACAACCCCGUGAACCAGAAGGUGCUGAUCAAGUACUUGAAGAAGAUUGGAGUCGAGGUCGAGGUUGCUGUGGAUGGCGUCGAGUGUACAGAGAUUGUUUUGUCCAAGCCUCACAGCUACUAUUCCCUGAUUCUGUGCGACCUCCAUAUGCCACGAAAAGACGGCUACCAGGCGUGCCGUGAAGUACGAGAAUGGGAGAAGGCAUCGAGUUUGCCCAAGCUGCCGAUCAUCGCGCUGUCGGCCAAUGUCAUGUCUGAUGUGCAGGAAAAGUGUGUUGCGGCGGGUUUCAGCGAUUAUGUGACAAAACCCGUCGACUUCAUCGAUCUAAGCAGAGCCAUGGCCAAGUUUUUUUGA